UGGGAGCCUGUAGCAGAUGCUGGUUGUUCGAUGGCUCAAUCAAGUGAAAUGGUCUAAUUGGUCUAAUUGUCUAAAGGCCAUAUCACACUUCAGCCAUUUCAGCCGUCCAACGACGUUCCUCACCAUGUCAAGCUUUUGCUCCGCUGAUGGCAGCGAUGCAGUUCGGGCACAGCAUCAUCUCGAUGAGCGAGAUGAGGGUGCCGAUUGCGCGGUGGCACGGCAGCUUCGGAUGUGCAUGAAGGAGGAACGUUGCAGGCUUGAGAGUUUCAUCCAAGAUCUAUUUGAUGCUCAAAGCCUCAAGCUACGAGAGCUGAUGGCAGCCAUUGAAGGGGGUGUGCGCUACGGCGACCACCCGCCCGGGCGCUCCAAAAACCAGGUGGCACGAGUUCGUGACGUUCCAAGCGCUUCCCAAGCGCGGGAGGGUGGCUUGGGUGACAUAGGCGAGGAGGAACAGCAAAGAAGGCCGAGCAAGGAGCAAGGUGUCGAUGGUGGGGCUGCAGGGAUUUCACAUUCGCUGCAAGUUCCAGAGGUACAAGUCACAGGCACAAAUCCUAUACGCGUGCGGAAGAUCGUCUCCAGCCGCUUUUUUGCAGGCUGCAUUCAAGUGCUGAUCAUAGUGGACCUAUUGCUUUUAGGUUUUGAGGUAGACGCUUGGUCGGUACUUCCUCAGAAUGCUCUCCCUACUUGGUCAUUGUGGGGAAACCUUGUGCUUGUCAUGGCCUUCUGUGUUGAGAUCAUCAUGAGAUUCAUGGCUCACGGAUGGAAGGCCAUGCUUUUUGGCCCGGAGCGAUGGUGGAACAUCAUGGGGCUUUUUGCUGCCCUUCUCUCCUUCAUUGAAGUUUGCUGUCAAGUUGAGUUCCAUCUGCGUCGACAUGCGCAGGGUCACCUCAUGGGCCUCCAGGUUCUUUACUUUUUUCGAUCCUUACGCGUCUUCAGGAGUUUGAGGGUCAUUCAGUUUGUGCACAAAAUUCCUGCCCUGCGGGCGUUGGUGUUGUCAGUUGCAAACAGCGGCCCAGUCUUGCUGUCGUCGCUGGUGCUGCUUCUGCUCGUUUUGUACUCUUUCUCAUUGAUUCUGACGAACAUGGUGGGGGAGUUUUGCAGGGAAAUGACAUACAACUAUGCACACUUCUCCCACGACCAACCUCCUCUCUGCCCUUCUGCACUGCAGACAAAGUUUCAAGGGCUGUUGACAAGUAUGAUGACAUUGUUUGAGAUCGUCACCGGUGGUGUGGAUUGGCAAGAGACCGGCACUGCAUUGCAAUCCGCAUCGGACGUUGCUUUUGCACUACUGAUGUUUUUCAUCCUUGUGGCUGAUUUCGCGAUGAUGAACGUUGUAACUGCCAUGUUUUGCAAUGUGGCCCUUGAGAGUGCCCAAGCCCACCGAGACAUCGCCUUGGUGAAGCAGAUGCAGAAGCGCCAAGCACUAGUGCAUGCCCUCAAGAAGCUCUUCUCAUGCCACGUCCCAAGCCAGGCUCACAGCAUGGGUUUUGCCGACCUCCAGGAAGCCUUGAUGAAUGAAAAGCUCUCAGCCUGCUUGAGUCGAUGGGGCAUCCCUACCGAUGACUGUCAGGCUCUUUUCAUGGCAAUGGAUUCCGACAGCACGAUUACAAUCGAGGAAUUCGUGGACACUUGCAUGCAACUCGGUGGCCCAGCGCAAAGCCUGCAGCUGGCGAAACUGACCUUGCAGAACCAGUUCAUGUGGCAGGACAUCCAAGAGAUCAAAGGAUUUCUACGCAGGUCGCUGUCCUUGCAGAGUACUCGCAUGAAGAGCGUGCGAGACUCCUGCAGCUUCUUCCACGGGCGGUGCAAGUGCAAGAAGCAGCGCACCCACGAGAAACCAAACCAGUCCCAAAACCAGUCCCAGAUGAGCCUUGCCAACCUCCAGGAUGCCUUGAAGGCUCAGAGCCUGACCGGAGUUGAGUUGAGGAAUCCUAUCGGCGACUCGCUCCAACGGACAAAGACAUGAAAACAAUUUUCAUUUGCAGCUUGCCAAGCUGACCUUGGAGAAACAGUCCCUAGCGACAAGAUUUGGCAGAUGCAGAUGGGAUAGUAGAUGGGAUUUAAUAGUUAGGUCACCGCCUUGUGGAGUGCUCGCAUGAAGACCGUGCGGAAAUCUGCAGCCACGAGCCUGCAACCUGCAAGCAUGAGCUCUGAAAGGAAGACGGUGG